CUCACUGGGGGGUGCUGGAAACAAGUAUGGGGUGUUGUUAUAUUCAUCGUUUUAGUUGAUGCGGGGGAAAAAAUAAUCGCAUGCCAUAGCAGUUGUUAAAUUAUUGGUUUGAAUUGCUUGUCAUAUCCUACUUCAAACAAAUUUUAUUGUCACUGAGUAACACAAUGGAUAUUAUUGAGACGGUUGUAACAGAGAGUAUUGAAGUAGAUGAAACUCCAACGGCGUCCAGUUUGGCUCCAGAUAAAUCGAAAGCAGAGUUUGUAUGGACUUUACAAGCCACAUGGCAACUUGUCCAAACCCGCCUCGAAAUGGACCAGGAUUUUGACCAGCCAGUGUGCAAGAAAAAGAAACUGUGGGAGACAGUGGCUGAGAGAGUGACUGCCAAGCUAAGAGCAGUUGGGAGCACAGAUGUCACAGUCAAGGCCUAUGAGUGUGAUCUGAAGUGGCGUAACAUGUUAGCCACAUACAGGAAAAACGCUGAGAGGUCCAAGAGACUGGGGGCCCAGAGUGUCCACUGGGAGUUCUUCAAGGCCAUGCAUGAGGUCCUGGGGAAGAGUCGGGAGGAGAUCGAGGCACAGCGCAGGUCCAAACUCAACGGGACCAAGCUGGGCAAGGCUAUUGCCAGCAAGCGGUUUACCCCCAUCCUUCCUACACCCUCCAUGACAGCUGCCCCCUUUGCUUCCAGGCCCCCCCAGGAUGUCCUGCAGCUGUACAUGGAGCUGCAGGAGAGGAAGAUGAACAUGUGGGCCCAGCAGAAGGCCCUGGAGGAGAGGAAGAUAGAGGCCAUCAAUAAUCUAGCCCGUGCAAUCUCCAGUUUGUCUCACAGUCAAAACAACAGUUUCCAGCUGCCAGAGUAGCAGUACAGCACACCCGAGGAAAGGAGUUCUCACUGAACUAAAAACUUUUGGAUUUUGUGUAAUAUAUAGAAGCUUGUGCAUAGAAUGAAAGACUGCAUCAUGCAAAUGUUUCUUAAGCGUUCAACCAUUCAGCUACUUUGUGUUGUCAUGAUGUCAUUGUAUAUGUUUUUAUUAUGCUGUAAUAACACCAUUUGACAAAGGAGUUCACUGCAGGAAUUCCCUGUAAUACCUGUGAAUGAGAAGAAGGCUACACAGAGCAUAUUGUACAUAGAUCUGCCAUAGGAUACAAAUAAUCCUACAUAUGUAUAAAAUACAAGACAUUGCUGUGAUACUCUUCCUUUUAACAGCAUUUAUAUUGUAUAUUUUAUUAUCUCAAUACAAACACAAAAAUGAUAAAUCA